AAACUAAUGGAUAAAGUAUCAUCUUGGGCGCAACUACUUCACAGGAACGUUUUGCCACUAUAUGGAAUUGCGCACGGUUUUGGGCACUUUCCGUCACUAGUGACGCCUUGGGUGAACGAGGGGUCGUUGAAUGACUACAUCGCUAAUCAUCAUUUGUCACUGGGAGGCAAGUUGGAUCUCGCCAAACAGGUAGUAGCUGGGCUUGGUUAUCUACACGCUCAUUCUAUUGUACACGGAGAUAUAUCUGGACUCAAUAUCCUGGUGGACCAUGAAGGUAGAGCACAAUUAUGUGACUUCGGAAUCAUGUCGUUGCUCGCAGAAAUUCCAUCUUCGCCACAGCCAUCUGGGGGUAUCCGCUCUGCGGUGCGAUGGACCGAUCCUCAGUUAUUCGAUGUCCAAAAAGGCGAAAUCAAUCUAAGCAUCCCAACGGAGCAGACUGAUAUCUAUUCAAUAGGCAGUGUUCUCCUACAGUUGCUCACGGGAUCAAUACCUUACUACGAUAUCAAGGAUAACAUCCGUGUCCUUAUAUUAUCUUCGAGAGGCGUAAAACCCAAAUGUCCUCCGGAAACGAACCUCACUAGUGCACAGUGGAAUUUUAUUCAAAGAUGUUGGUCUCCUCGCGGACUUGCCAGUCGUCCAACUAUCGAGGAAAUAGAAGAA